UUCAAUCCUGUUAUCUGUGUCCAUCUAGAUGGCGAGGAGGCUUAGUGUAUUGCAAGCCCUUCUGAUCAUCUUCAUCCUAAUUGUAUUGGCCGUAGAUAUCCUCUUGCUGCUUUUUGUGUUGGAGAAUCCUUCAGAUACUUCAUUUAUUCCGGAGUGCCCAGAAACCCCUGAAUCAGAAAGGAUAGACUGCACCCCUGGCCAGGCGGUGACAGAGGAAGCCUGCAGAUGGUUCCAUCUGUGCUGCUGGAAGUCUGUGCCAGAUACUGAUGUCCCCUGGUGCUUCUUCCCCAGGAACUGGGGCUAUGAAGUCAGCAAUUGGGUUACAAAUACAAGCACAGUGUACACUGCCCAGUUGAGAAGGUUGCCAUCCCCAUCUCUGUUUGGACAUGAUAUAAUCGACACCCUCUUCAGAGCUGAAUAUCAGACAUCCAAUCGUUUUCAUUUUAAGAUCACUGAUUUCAACUACAUGUGCUAUGAAGUCCCCCAUGAAAAUGUUAAGCUGUUUGAUGGGACUGCCGAUACCUCCAAUUUGAGCUAUCACGUAGAAGUCAUUCAUAAACCCUUCAGCAUCAAAAUAAAGAGGACCAGCAACAAAAGAGUCUUGUUGGACACCGGCCUCGGGCCCCUCCAGUUUGCCCAGCAGUUCCUGCAGCUCUCCAUCUGACUGCCCAGUGCCACCGUGUAUGGGCUGGGAGGACACGUGCACCAGCAGCACGGGCACAACGUGGCCUGGAGGACCUGACCCAUCUUCAGCCGGGAUGCCGCUCCCACCGAGGGCAUGAUUAAUCUGUACGGAGCUCACACAUUCUUCUUGUGCCUUGAAGACACCCGUGGCUCCUCUUUCGGGCUUUUACUGAUGAACAGUAACCCUAUGGGUGGGAAGCAUCUUUUUCUCUUGGAUGUCCAGUACUCUGACAUAGACUACAUGGAUGGAAAGAAGGAUUUCACUAUUGAUGGAGUGGCUUUCCAUGGUCUCUCAGAUUUUGCCAACGAGUUACAUAAAUAUGGACUGAAAUACGUAAUUAUUAUGAAUCCUGGCAUCUUAAAUAACAUUGACUACCAGCCUUAUGUGAAUGGAAGUAAAAGGAGAGUGUGGAUCUUGGGGGGCAAAGCCUUUGUCGUUGGACAGGGGUAUCCUGGAUGGACAGUUUUUCCUGAUUUCACUAAUCCAGUUAGUACUGAGUGGUGGAGAGAGCAGUUCAGUGAAUUUUAUAAAGCUCUGGAAUUUGAUGGAGUGUGGAUUGAAAUGGAUGAAGUAUCUAGCUUUUUCCAAAAUUCUGAUCAUGAGUGUGAAAUAAACAACUUGAACUUUCCUCCUUUCAUUCCUCGAGUUCUGGACGGCUUGCUUUUUGCAAGAACCCUCUGCAUGGACACAGAGUUUCAAGGGGGCUUUCACUAUGAUGUCCACAGCUUGUAUGGCUACACCACAGCAAGAGCCACAGACUCGGCCAUGGAGAAUAUCUUCCCCAAGAAAAGAAAAUUCAUCUUAUCCCGUUCUACUUUUGCUGGAUCUGGCAGAUAUGCUGCUCAUUGGCUGGGGGACAGUGCAGCCUGAUGGGAUGAUCUCCGAUGGUCCAUCCCCGGUAUCCUGGAGUUCAACCUAUUUGGCAUCCCCAUGGUAGGUGCCAACAUCUGUGGUUAUACAGAAAAUGUCACAGAGGAACUCUGCAGAAGGUGGAUGCAGCUUGGAGCAUUUUAUCGACUAUCGAGGAAUCACAAUGGGCCUGGGUUCAGGGACCAAGAUCCUGCUGCCUUUAGUGAAAACAACUGUAUGCUGUUGAAUUCCUCCAGACACUAUCUGAACAUCCGCUACACCCUGCUACCCUAUCUCUACACCCUUUUCUACCGAGCUCACACCCUGGGGGAGACCGUAGCAAGGCCCCUCGUCCAUGAGUUCUACCAGGACCCAGCUACCUUGGAGGUACACGAGCAGUUCCUCUGGGGGCCUGGACUCCUCAUCACGCCUGUUUUAUACAAAGGUGUGGACCACACAAAAGCACAUAUACCGGCCGCCAUCUGGUAUGACUAUGAAACGGGAGUAGCCAUAGAAUGGAGGAAACAAUUUGUGGAGAUGCUACUGCCAGGUGAUAAGAUAGGACUUCACCUGUGAGGGGGCUACAUCUUUCCCACCCAGCAACCAAACACAACCACAGAGACCAGUCGGAAGAAUACCGCGGGACUCAUCAUUGCCUUGGACUAUAAGAGAGAAGCAAAGGGAGAGCUGUACUGGGAUGAUGGUGUCUGUAAAGAUGGUGUAACUAAAAAGAAUUAUAUUCUGUAUGAUUUUUCUGUCACCUCUAACCAUCUACAGGCAAAGAUUAUAAAUGAUAAUUAUAUGGGCCCCAACAACCUCACAUUUACAGGUAUCAUAAUCUUGGGAAUGGACAAGGAACCUACUAAUUUUACUGUGUUCCUUAAUAAUGCUGCCACCUCCAUUUCAAAUGUUGUCUACACUCAUUCAACAAAGGGGGUGAGCAUCACUGAUCUUGAGGGACUGGUACUGGGACAAGAAUUCUCCAUUGAGUGGAAUCUUCCAGUCAGUGACCUACCGAAGUCCAGCUGCUGCCCUGAGGAGCCCACUGUCUCCGAGGAGAGUUGCGGGCAGCGGGGGUGCCUUUGGGAGCCCUCAACUGUUCCUGGCGUGCCCACCUGUUUCCACGACACCAUCCCUAAUUAUGCUGCCAAUAACAUUCAGUACCUGCCUAUGGGCAUCACCAUAGACCUCACCCACCUGAUGGCCCCUGAAUCAGCACGAACCAUCGGCUUUCUCCGCCUGAACGUGACCUACCACACAGAAAACAUGCUGCAGUUCAACAUCUAUGACCCCGCUAAUAAAAGGUAUGAGGUCCCAGUGCCUCUGAACACCCCUCCCUCUCCAGUUGGCUCCCCUGAAAACUGUCUGUAUGAUGUCAAGAUUCAGAACAAUCCUUUUGGGAUCCAGAUUCGACGAAAAAGCUCCAGCACUGCGAUUUGGGACUCCCAGCUCCCCGGCUUCACCUUCAAUGACAUGUUCCUUUCCAUCUCUACACGCCUCCCCUCUCAGUACCUCUAUGGCUUUGGGGAAACUGAACACACAACUUUCAGAAGAAACAUAAGCUGAAACAUGUGGGGAAUGUUUGCCCGAGAUGAGCCACCAGCGUACAAAAAGAAUUCCUGUGGUGUCCACCCCUACUACAUGGCACUGGAGGAGGAUGGCAAUGCCCAUGGAGUGCUCCUGUUGAACAGUAAUGCCGUGGAUGUGUCAUUCCAGCCUACUCCUGCCUUGACAUACCACACCACAGGAGGGAUUUUGGACUUUUAUAUGGUUUGGGCGCCAACCCCUGAGCUUGUGACUCAGCAAUAGAUGGAGUUGAUUGGUCGGCCAGCAAUGAUUCCCUACUGGGCCCUGGGAUUCCAGCUGAGUCGCUAUGGAUACCAGAAUGAUGCUGAAAUCUCCAAUUUGUAUAAUGCAAUGAUGGCAGCUCAGAUUCCCUAUCAUGUCCAGCAUGUAGACAUCGAUUACAUGGACCGGAAGCUGGACUUCACCCUCAGCCCCAGCUUUCAAAAUCUUGGCCUCAUGAUUGAGCAAAUGAAGAAAAAUGGCAUGAGAUUUGUUCUCAUUCUGGAUCCAGCCAUUUCUGGCAAUGAGACCCAGUAUCUCCCAUUCACCAGAGGGCAGGAAAACAACGUGUUCAUCAAAUGGCCAGACAACAGUGAUAUUGUCUGGGGAAAGGUUUGGACAGAUCUGCCCAAUGUGAAUGUGGAUGGAUCCCUUGACCAUGAAACUCAGGUUAAGCUGUACAGAGCCCACGUUGCUUUUCCUGACUUCUUGCGGAAUAGCACGGCUGCCUGAUGGAAGAAGGAAAUAGAAGAGUUCUACAGAAACCCUCGAGAGCCAGAGAAGAGCCUGAAGUUUGAUGGACUGUGGAUUGACAUGAAUGAACCAUCCAACUUGGUGAGUGGAUCUGUCAGGGGCUGCAGUGAUGACAUUCUUAAUAAUCCACCUUAUGUGCCACAUUUGGAGUCCAGGGACAGGGGCCUGAGCAGCAAGACCCUGUGCACGGAGAGUCAGCAGCUCCUGCCUGACGGCUCCCCGGUGUGGCACUACGACGUGCACAGCCUGUACGGGUGGGCCCAGACCAGACCCACGUGCGAAGCUGUACAGGAGGUGACGGGACAGCAAGGGAUCGUCAUCACUCACUCCACUUUCCCCUCUUCUGGCCGCUGGGGAGCACACUGGCUGGGUGACAGCAUGGCCGCGUGGGACCCGCUGAAGAAAUCUAUCAUUGGCAUGAUGGAGUUCAGUCUCUUUGGAAUCUCUUAUACAGGAGCAGACAUUUGCGGAUUCUUUGGAGAUGCUGAGUAUGAGAUGUGUGUUCGCUGGAUGCAGCUGGGGGCGUUUUAUCCAUCUUCUGUGAACCACAACACAUUCGGGACAAGGAGACAAGAUCCUGUGGCCUGGGACUCAAACUUUGAGAUGUUCUCAAGAAAAGUCCUCCAGACCAGAUACACCCUGCUGCCUUACCUCUAUACUCUGAUGCAUAAAGCUCACGUUGAGGGCAGCGCUGUUGUCUGACCCCUUCUCCAUGAGUUUACAGAAGAUCGCACAACAUGGGAUAUAGACCAUCAGUUCAUGCUGGGCCCUGCCAUCUUAAUCAGCCCCGUGCUGGAAAAUAACACUUUUCAGGUCUAUGCUUAUUUUCCCAGAGCCCGUUGGUAUGACUAUAGCACAGAAUCUGGCAAUGAAUCGGCCGGUGAGUGGAAAAUCCUGGAGGCUCCCCUUGACCAUAUCAACCUUCAUAUCAGAGGAGGCUACAUCGUGCCUUGGCAAGAACCUGCGAUGAACACUCACUCCAGCCGACAAAAAUAUAUGGGAUUGAUUGUUGCUUUGGAUGACAAUGGGAGAGCUGAAGGUCAGCUGUUCUGGGAUGAUGGACAAAGCAUUGAUACCUAUGAAAAUAGAAACUAUUUCUUGGCAAACUUUAUAGCAGCUCAGAUUUAA